AGCCUUCUCAAUGAGGCAGGACAGCUGGAAACAUCCUAAAAUUACCUCAAGUUGCUAGCUCCUCCCCUUCGGUGAUGUCGUGGUAAGACAGAACCUCCUUAAUUACUAAUUUCCCCAUCCCACUCCAAGCGCUCCUCUGUCCUAGAAGUUCCCUCAUGCAUGCAAUGUCCUGAUCCGAUCGCGUCUGACCUUUUAUUUUUUAAACACAAAACCCAAGACUUGCGAGUGCCCAGCAUGGGAGAUAAGAAAGAGCCGACAAUGGUGCACAAAUCCACUUCGUUUAGUAUCAAGAGCCUGCUGCUCCCAUCUAAAUGUGACAAACCCGGCUUAGGGGUUCCAGAAAAAAACAUCCCCCCUUCAGGAUCCGAUUCGGAAAAGUCUCUGGAUCUCACUGAAAUGGAAUCUGCUCCGUUCAACCAGGAAAACAGCCAGAAAGACAAAGAUGAGGGCAGCGACCAAGCUACAGAACCGAACAAAAACGGGAAAUAUGACAAACCACCGUUCAGCUACAACGCUCUAAUAAUGAUGGCUAUUAGGCAGAGUCCUGAGAAGAGGCUCACGUUGAACGGCAUUUACGAGUUUAUCAUGAAAAAUUUCCCUUAUUACAGAGAGCACAAGCAAGGCUGGCAAAACUCAAUUCGUCACAAUCUGAGCCUCAAUAAAUGUUUUGUGAAGGUGCCAAGGCAUUACGAUGAUCCUGGAAAGGGGAACUAUUGGAUGUUGGACCCCUCCAGCGAUGAUGUCUUUAUCGGUGGGACUACAGGGAAACUUCGCAGAAGGUCGGCCACUUCCAGGGGGAAACUAGCAAUGAAGAGGGGACUUCGUUUCGCUCCAUUGGGGCUGGGAUUGAACGACAGAGCGAGUAACCCCUUGUAUUGGCAAAUUUCGCCGUUUUUGUCUCUGCAUCACCCUCAUUAUAAUGGAUCUUCGCCUGGAUUUCUGAAUCAAGGGCACGCAUACGGCUCUCUGCUUUCCGGAGUUGAGCAAUUAGGAAACGGAGACCUUGCCCGCCCGAUUCUGGGAGGAUCUACCGGAGGGAUCAGUUUGACAAAUAGUUACGGCGUGAGCACGUCUCCCGUUGGUUUACUGUCGGGACAGCCUGGGUAUUUUGUGUCCGGCAGCCAACACGCUCAGCCGCUGCAGCCGGCCGGGACUGGGUUCGCGGUGUCGUCCAGCUCGCCUCAGAGCCUCAUCUCAGAAACACUGAGAACGGCAUUGCCUUCAUUCACACCCGGAGCGUCGAGCGGAUUUUCGGGACUUAUGUCCCAUCAAAAGAGAGUGGCGUCCAAUUCUUUCUUAAACUGAUCGGAUCAUUGCAAAGGGAUUGGGGAUGCACUUUUAAAACCACUGCAAACCUGGCGUUUACCCCCCUUAAAUUGCAAAAAGGUAGAAUUUACGUGAUAGUGCGUCCACUUUGCAAGUAAACGACCCCGAUACUAAGUUGUUAUGGCCGUAUUCAUCUGUUCUAAUCUGCGCUGCCGUUUUUUCUUUCAUCUGAAAGGACGAACUUUAGUAGGUUACAGACUAACUAGCCUUUCCAAGGGUAAAAACGUGCGCUACUGUUAUUUAUCACCUGUAGAAAGAAUUUCAGUUGUUUGUGUGUCGGUUAAUUUAUGUUUUAUAUUUAUUAUAAAAUGUAUUUAAAUUUUAUUGUUAUUGUAUAUAUCAACCAAGAUCAACAUACAGAUACUUAAAUUAUUUAUGUAAAUAUUCACUGUUGAUUUUGUGGUUUUGAAAUCGUUUCCUACAGUAAAAAGCGCCUUAAAUUUACAAAUCAGGGUUGUUCAUAUGCACGGGGGAAAAUAGCCUAGCAUACUCGUAGUUUGUAUCUGCUCAGGUUCUCGAUAUACACUUCAGCCAUGUAAUGUACUGCUGUCCAAUGUAUAUAACCUACAGUACCUAACAAGAUUUAUAGACAUGUACAGUCUCCGUUUCUCUUCGGUCUGGGGCAAAUAUUUUUCUCUUUCUUUCUGCAAAGCCGGGGUAUGUGGGUUAUCAUCUCACACUGAUGCGCAUGUCAUAAGACACAGAAAAGUACACAGGCUUAACGCAGGGAAACUGAAUACAUUAUUUACCUUGCUGAUUUUUGGCUCAUUAAAGAAACGUUUGAUGUUUCGUUCAUUCUGUUGUGUUGCUAAACAAAUACCGUUAUCGGGUGUUAUCGAAAGACGGAUUAUUGAUAGUUAUGCUUUUACAAAUGGGACUCUUGGGCCCGUGUUACAGUACAACGCGCUUUAUGAUUCCGUGUGUUGUCGGUGCGGAUGGCCGCGUUACGGCUGAUGAAAAGCGAGCUCGGCAGUUAAAAUGAAUAUCGUGUUUCUUCUGUUCCCUUUCCCUUUCUAAGGAAAUAUACGGUAUUUUUUAUUGCUAUGGGAAAAUAAAUGCAGUAACGCGGUCCACAAAAUUUGAAUCUAAGAUAUGGUCAUCUUGCCAACAUAUUUUGCCAUUCCCUGCAGACAAUAAUAUAGACUUUUAUUUCGAAAAUGUAAUAAAUAAAUUAGGUGUUUACUGCAUAUUUCUUUAUUACGGUAUUAUUUCGGAUGUUUUAUUUGUAUAUGUUUCAUAACGGUUUUGCACUUUUAGGUUUUUUUUUAGGUUCAUUCAUGUACGUAAUUCGUAUUUGCCUGUUUUUGUUGGUGUAUGUAUAUAUAAACCCAUUUUACUUCGUUAAAGUCAACGGUAAUGAAACAUUAAAAUAUUUGU